AUGGCGCCACCAGCAUUACCCGGCACCCGCCUACUCAACAAAGUUGCUAUAGUCACUGGCGCCUCCUCCGGCCUCGGCCGCGCCAUUGCCCUGCGAUAUGCGGCUGAAGGUGCUAAAGUCGUUUGCGCAGACCUGACGCCCUUGGCCCGUCUGAAAGCUUCGGGGGAGACCGAGGUCGAGACGCAUAAACUGAUCCAGCAAAGUGGUGGUGAGGCUGAAUUUGUGAAGGCAGAUGUGGGGGAUGCGGGGGAGAUGGAAGCGUUGGUGGAGAAGACGGUGCGGUUGUUUGGAAGGGUCGAUGUCAUGGUGAACAACGCAGGUGUGGCGUAUGAGGCUGUGACGCCCGCGGUGCUGCAUCUUACCGAAGAUCGAGUGUGGGAUGAUACGAUGCGGGUCAAUGCUCGGUCGGUAUUUUUGGGGUGCAAGCAUGCGAUUGCACAGAUGCUGAAGCAGGAGCCCCAUGAGUCGGGGGAUCGUGGGUGGAUCAUCAACAUUUCUUCGGUCAUGGGACUUGUUGCGGGGAUACAAAAUCCAUCUUACUGUGCUUCUAAGGGCGCAGUGACGAGCCUGACCAGGCAGGUUGCGUGCGAUUAUGGGGAACACCGCAUUCAUUGCAACGCCAUAUGUCCUGGCUACACGCGAACUGCUAUCUUUGAAGAGACGAUUUCAAAUUUGACUCCUCUAGAUGUCUUGCAGAGGAGGCAUCCUUUUGGUGGUCCAGGAGUGCCAGAUGACAUCGCAAAGAUUGCGGUCAUGUUUGCAAGCGAUGAUGCAAGCUGGAUUACUGGAGUAAAUCUCCCGGUGGAUGGUGGAUAUACCGCUCGGUAA